AUAGGAAGGUGCGUAUAACACUGUUGAUAUCAUGCAGACCAAGUUUAUCCUCCCAGAUAGUGGAGAAAAGUGGGUGAUCCAAGCAAUUCGGGAUGCUUGGAAGCGGUUCAAGGGAAAGAUUAAGCAGAAGCACUUUGUUCCCUUUGAUACCAUCGAAGAUAUGGUGAAAAAUCGACCGACACAAGUUCCAGAAAGUCAAUUCAUAAAAUUGAUCUAUUAUUGGAGUCAUCCUACAAUCCAGUCUAUAAGUGAAAAAAACAAGAAACAUAAAGAACAGCAAAAGUUUCCACAUCGCAUGGGGCCAAUCAAUUUCGGAAGAGUACGAGUGGCUCUGCGCGCGACAAAGGAAACAAAUGAGGAACCAAAAAGGUUUGAAAUGUUCCUUGCUACUCGAACAAGUCGGAAAAGGAAGGAAAUUGAUCAGGAAACACAAGAUGCAAUUGAUGAAUUCCAAAACCGCCAAGCUGCUGGUGAAACAGAUGAGGAAGCUUUUGAGUCUUUAUUUGGAAAAGAACAACCAGGUCAGGUUAGGUGCUAUGGAAGAUCUGUUACACGAAGUGACUUAAAAAAGCAUGCAGAAAUUUCUGAACUCAAGCAACAACACCAAGAGGAAGUCACAUCUUUGAAGGCUGAACUUGGAGACAUGAAGGCCAAACAGCAGCACCAAGAGGCUGACCUUCAUGGAUUGCGAAACAUGAUUAAGUUACUAGUUCAGCGAUCUGAAUCUGGAAUGAGGCCAGAAGAAAUUGAAGCUUUGUUACAAGAUGCCCAACACUCUCCAAUUGAUGCAAAUAGCGCUCAUGGAUCAACACAUAUUCCAAACAUAAAUAUGGAUAAUUCUGAAGAUGCGAGUGAAGAUUGAGAUGCUGAUCAUAAUGGUUUAUUGACAAAGAUGGAAAUUGAAAGAUGUAUGGUUGAUGAUGAUAUCUUUUAUUAGAAGCUAAGAUACAUUUAUAUGAUAUAAUAUUUUGGUUUUUCCUAGUUUAUUAGCAGUAAACUCUAAGUGCAUUAUAUGACUAUACUUAUUCUAGUUUGAGAUGUAUGAAUACUCAAAAUUAUGAUCAUCCUAAUAUUUUUGGUUCAUUAUAUAAUUAUAUUUUGUUUCAGUA